AUGGUCGCCAACGAUUCAAAAACACUCCGGAUCGGAGUCCUUCUGACGCACUCGGUUCAGCUCCUCGACCUAGCAGCUGUUGAUCUCUUCGGUAUGAUGUCAAAGGACUACAUUAGUGAAGUUGAUGUCCUUCCUCCGGAGAUUGCUAGCCUGGGGCUACCAGUCGAUAUCAACUAUAUCGGUAUACAGCCUAACUGUGCUGGCACAUUUAUCCGGUGCACGGCAAACAUCGGCAUCAGACUCAAUGCCUCGAUCCACGACACCUCUGUCUCGACAGAUAGCCUGGAUAUACUGGUGAUACCAGGGCCGGAUCCAAAGUACGUCCCCGAUGAAUCCGUAUUGGCGUUUGUCAAGGCGCACCAUGAUGCCGGGAACGACAUUUUAUCGAUAUGCACCGGGAGCUAUGUUGCUGGGUAUGCCGGUAUUCUGGACCACAAGAACGUAACUGGUCCACGAGGAUUGAUAUCCGACUUGGAAGUGAAAUUCCCCAAUGUGAAGAAGUGGGACACCACACGAAGAGUAGUAAAGGAUGGAAAUGUCUGGACGAGCGGUAUGAUUCUUCCAUUAAGUGAUGAACCAAACAUGUCACCAUGGUUUGGCCUUUCUGUAUCUAACCCUCAUUUGAAUAAAGACCAAUUAUCAAACCUGGCUGGAUAA